AUGUCGCUCAAAUGUCGGCAGUGCCGUCACGUUCUCGUGACGCAGGAUGACAGGCUGUUGACUCCACAUGGCGAACCUGUUGGUGCCAUCCAGGGAAACUCCGGUUGUGCAACGCUGGAAGUUGGCGAUGUCAUGUACUUGCAAGAGGAUCUGCUUCCAACCUGGAUUGCGGCACUUGUGAACAAGGAGGGUUGGGUGAAAGGACGACUGCACUGUCCAAAAUGUCACAGUCGUGUUGGAGGCUUUGACUUUGUGUCAGGACAGAAGUGUGCUUGUGGGCUGUGUGUUCUUCCAGCUGUGCAUCUCGUCAGGAGCAAGAUGGACCAGGCUGUGAACCUAUGUAAGCAGCAUGAAUAG